ACAUUUCGAAAUUCGACGAAGCUUAUAAACAAGUAAAAUUUUCUAAAUUUCUGAUUGUAAAAUAUUUAGCCUUAAUUCAUGGUUUUGCUGCAUUUUCUUUAAUAUUCAAAGUGUGAUUUAAGUCGUUGUGUUAAAAAGUGUCUUCAAACAAUGCGGAACGAUUUGGGGGAGGUUCGAAAGCUGAGCAAAACAAACACACGAGUGCAACUUUAUAAAUAGUUAUAUUUUGUUACAUUUUGUAAAAAUUGUCAUUAUGUCCUCUAAAUCGAAGGACCACGCAUAUGAGCUGAUGCUUGGGCUUGGGCAGGACUUGCAGAAGCAAAUAAUGAAAAUUGCUCAAUCAUCACCCCUGGAACCUCCGGCAACAGCAAUCCCGAAACCGCCGAACAUGGAGAAGAAGCCCUCCAACCCUCGCCUUCCUCGGCCGGACCAUCUAUUCCGGCUCCGGUUAGGCCUCAACAGUUUGAGAAAAGACGUUUGAGCAAGCAUAUCGGGAAGCUGUGGAUCGCCUCAAUUCUGAAUCGGUCAGCAAACCGGGAUUAAAGAACGUCUUCUCCCGGGCAUCGAACAAUAUGACAAAUCAAUCCAGUAAACCCCCGGAUGUUCCGAAACCGGCAGCUUCGAGUGUUUCAUCACAACCAUCGAAUUCGAUCCCUCACUACAAAACUACAAUUUACAACAUAAAUACGAUCAACUUGGCGAGCCUGCUAAAAACGCAGCGUGCCUCUCAACCCGAUUCCACGUCCAGCGCAAACUCUUCUUUGCACGCUCUGCUCUCUCCGAGCAGCUCGGCUCGCGUAAUGGCCGAAAGCAGCAAGUAUCGGCAAACGUACUCAAAUGCCUACGCUAAUCACCUGCUGGAGCUGACCAGGAACGCUGUGGAAAAGAAAUCUGGAAUGUCCAACGACUACAUACCGAUCAGUAACACCACGCAGCAAAAAAUGCACAUUACGGCGUCUUCGGUCGCCCAACAGAAGAAAAUUCCGAAACCUCAAUUACCUGGAUCAUUCAUAUUGAAUGGGAAGGACGCAGAGAAAUCAAAGGGAAGCAAUGGAACAGCACCUCCCGCGAGAAACCCUCCUUCUACAAAGAGCGAAAUCGUUUUUACCACGCCAAGCAACGUAACAGUAGUUGCUCCUUUGAGUAACCCAGCGAGCCUAGUUCCGUCUCCGAUGCCCAGAUUGAAGCCUUCCGGUGUGCUGACGAAUCGCGAUGACAGAAGACAAGGAUCAGUCACUCAGCCUUAUCACGUCCACCAACAUCUAUCGUCACCUGGAAGCGCGGUGAAGACUCCGGUACCGAGUUCUUCCUCGCCCAUUCUCGGUCUCGGAAACAGGCCGGAUUUGACGGUGAUUGUGAAUAAACCCAAAAUCACCUCCCCGGCACCGACCCACGUGUACGGAAAACCGACAAUAUCAUCGCCGCAAAUAACUCCUACAAGAACCUCCGGUGCUAACACGUCCGUUGGUCAGAACUAUUCAACAGGUUUCUUCACCCCAAAAAGAGAUGCGAACGUUCCGGCUAGCUCUUACCGUGAACCGCCUCCAGCUCAUUCAGUUGCGUCAAAAACAUCUUAUCCGGUUUCCGUGAUAACAAAAGCGCCACAACACAGCGAUCCUGACCGUACGUCAACCCACGAGAAAACACCGUGUCCGAGUAAACCUGUCAGUAUUACCGUUAAAGCUAGCGAUCUCUCAAGAAGCGGAGAUAUAGAUGGAGUUUUGAACUUGGACAUCAAAACGACGAGCUCUUCUCCGGUCAGUUCCUGCAGCAUCAGUGUCACUGAUGUGAAACCCAAACCACCAACCGUUUCUCGCGACAUCCCGUCGACAUCGUUUCACACAGCAGGUGACCGAAAUACUUCCUUGUACAACAGUCAAAAAGUUGUUAAAAUCGAAAAACGGGUGAAUUACGAUGUUUGCGUGAACAAACCAAGCAGCAACACCGACUCUACGUCCAAAUAUCAACAGAAUGCUGUCUGGAAGGAGCAACCAGUCGUGAAGACAGAAGCACAGCAGAAAAGUACCGGUGCCAUCGAUGAGCAGAAGCAAAAACUUUUGGAAUUGCUGCACAAUGCAAACUUUCAACAGCUUUAUUCACAAGCUCACAAAGCUCACGCCAAUGAUGCGAAAACAGGUGGCACGGAGAAUGUUGUCGUAUCAUCUUUGACCAAGCACAUGAACCAUAUAAAUCGUAUUAAUAUGGAGCUGUACAAGUAUCGAAAAGGUUUGAGUGCAAACAGCGGGGAUCACGUCAGGCAGCCACCGAUCGAUCCAUUGGCGAUAAAACGCAAAGAUCCGACCAUCAAACGGUCGGACGCGCCACGGCGAAAGCGUCCGAAGCUGGUGCGUUCCACCGAAGCCUACUUACAAAACGGUCCCUGUUACUUAACGGCUCCCCGUCUUCCCCGGUGCCGCGAGUGUGGACGGUCGGCCGCGGCCCGCUCGAGAGAUGCGGCCAACAUAUUUUGCCGAUUCAUCGCUUUCCGGAAGCUCAGGUACAACGAGUCCGGAUUUAUGCAGGUGGCUGGAUUUGCCGAACCCAAUUUGGACCCGCAAAGUUCCGACACGGAGCUGUGGAACGCAAAUCUUCAGAAGGUUCCAAUUGAUAUCUCUGUGGAGAAGGCCAAAUUUCUGCUGGGACAAGUCGGAUACAAAUUCUGUGAGCUGUUCCACCAGGAGAAGGAAGCCUUUUUUGAGCACAUGUCUGAAGACAAAACCAUCGCUUGGAAGCAGUCGGUACAGGGCGUGCGAGAGAUGUGUGACGUAUGUUCUACCACACUGUUUAACUACCAUUGGGUUUGCUCGACUUGUGGUUUUGUCGUAUGUAUCGAUUGCUACAAGGGUCGUAAGCAUGGUGCGCGCAAGAACGACACUGGUACAAAGGAUCGCGACGGUUACACGUGGCUACAUUGCACAACCAACAAAGAACCCCACGCCCAAGAUAAGCUUAUGCUAACCCAGAUCAUACCGAGCAAUAGUUUGUACAAAUUGGUAAGGCAAAUGCAUGGAAUAUGCGCUUUGCUCGAGAUUCCCCUCAAUUGUGAAUGUCCGCUCAGUAAGGAGUCGCUGUUUAGAAAAAUUAAGGACAGAUUAGAGUUCAUUUAUCCCCUGAUGGUCGAAUCGAAGGAAGGUGAAGACGGGGCCGUUUCAUCUGCGGGUUCUACAACUAAAAUGAUUUCGAUAUCGAUCAAAAGCAUCGAGAGUAAGCUGAGUGAAACCGAAAGUGGGACCAUAUGCUGCAAGGUUAUUUUUGGCAGAGAGCUGAGCGCAGAGAAAAAUCCUCAAGCCGAAAUGCUGAAGCGAAGGAUCAAACAAAGCUACAGCUUCGAAGGCUUCCAGGAAGAUAUCAGAAAGGAGAGUUUGGAAGAUUUUAUCAAAGCAUCGCCGCAAGCUAAAAAUGAUACAGAAAAUGGUAGUAUUCCGAAGGGGGGACCAGUUUCGGUGGAGGAUAAUACGAAGGAACAAAAUACGAGCAACAACGUGGAUGAGGCUUCCGCAACUCCAAAAAUCGAAAAUGUGCCGAAAGUUCAAUCAGUAGACGACGAAUCCUCCAAGGAGGGAGAGCCCUACAGUGAGGAUCACCGCUUCAAGCCGUCGCCCAAACUCGAUUGGAAGACUUUCAACAUGAUUGUUAAACAACUGCUCAAAUUCGACAAGUCCAUCAACAUCUUUGGUCUGUUCGAGCAGCAUUUAACCGAGAAAUGUUCCGAGUCUGAGAGUUUGGUAGAUUUCACGGCCGAAAUUCAAGUGAAUCAUUCUAAUCUACAGAGCUUCUUGGGCGACUUUUUGGACGAAUUUGUCUUUUUAAAAGGUCAGAACAAGUCAGACAAUCUCACGGAUGAAAUUUUGGAAUAUAACAAGAACAUGAAGAAAAGUGUCGAGUUUCAGAACAAAGGCGAACGAGUCAUGGAAUUGAAAGAUUCGGAACAGCUCUACCCGAAUGUUGCUCACCAGUGGUUGUGCAAUGGAAGAUUGUUGAGACUCCUGGAUCCGUUGAAUGACAACAAUUACACUACGUUCCACGACCAAUGGGAGCGCGGUCAACCGGUGAUGGUGUCCUACGUAUCAGGUGCCAUGGACAUGAACCUUUGGCAUCCGGAAUCCUUCAUUAGAGAUUUUGGAGAAGAAGAGAACGAUCUUAUAAACUGUCUCAACGGCAAACUGGUUCGAGGACAACAGAUGAAAGUUUUCUGGGAAGGCUUCGAGCGCAUUGGAUUCCGACUUCUGGACGAACGAGACAGGCCAAUGAUACUGAAGCUGAAAGAUUGGCCGCCCGGUGACGAUUUUGCGGAAAUGAUGCCCAGUCGAUUCAACGAUUUGAUGAAAUGCCUCCCAUUGACGGAGUACACUCGUCGCGAGGGACGACUCAACUUGGCCAGCAGACUGAGCAGCUUUUUCGUAAGACCCGAUUUAGGGCCGAAAAUGUACAGUGCGUACGGGUCAGCGCUGCACCCCACGAAGGGCACCACAAACCUCCAUCUGGACGUUUCGGACGCGGUGAAUGUAAUGGUGUACGUGGGCGUACCGAAAGAUGCUGAACAAAAGUACCCGACAAAGGUACUGGACUCGAUCGACUCGGACGAGCUGGACACAUGCACUCGGCAGCGCAUCCGCGAAAAGGGUGAACUGCCGGGAGCCCUGUGGCAUAUCUAUCACGCAAAAGAUGCCGAUAAAAUUCGUAGUCUGCUGAACAAAAUUGAGGUCGAGCGGGGUGGAAGCAUCAAAGCCAAUCACGACCCCAUUCACGAUCAAAAAUGGUACCUGGACGCCAACUUGCGGCGGCGACUCUUGCAAGAAUACAACGUGGAAGGUUACGCUAUUCUUCAGUGCUCGGGGGACGCCAUAUUCAUCCCUGCCGGAGCGCCACAUCAGGUACGUAACCUACACAACUGCAUCAAGGUCGCAGAAGAUUUUGUGUCCCCGGAGAACAUUUCCUAUUGCUUCAAGUUGACUAACGAAUUUCGACAUCUAACUAGUACGCACUCGAAUCACGAAGAUAAAUUACAGAUCAAGAACAUCAUUUACCACACCGUUAAGGACGCUGUGUCGUGCUUAACAAAUCCCCUUAUUUUGACGAAGGGAGAUAAAAUAGAUUUAUUGUAACUUUAGUUUUAUGCCGAUGUAUUCUGACCAACGUUGGAUAUCUUAAAUUGUUUAUUGGGACAUUACAAUUGAUUGUAUAGUGUGGCGUUAUUUACGUAAACCAGAAGUAGAUAUUUCUAAGAGAGUGCUAAAUUUUAAGAACAUAAUUAUUUGAUGAUGAUUACAAUAAAGGUUAAUUUCAGCUCAAAUAAGGGUAUACAAAAA